GGGCCGGGGAGGGGCCGACGGCCUGACGGCUCCCCAGCGCCGGGCGGAGCUGAGGCGGAGGAAGCUGCUGAUGAACUCGGAGCAGCGCAUCAACCGGAUCAUGGGCUUCCACAGGCCGGGGGCCGCCCAGGAAGAAGAAAGUCACACCGAAUCAAAACAGCUAAGCAGUGAAAAUCUGGACUGCCUCCCCGCUCCAUCGGUUUCAAAGAGGGUGGUGCUUGGAGAUUCAGUAGGGGCCAAGGAUCAGCAGGGUGGUAUCUCAGAGCUCAAGAGUUCCCACCUGGGAGACAAAAAGGACUCCUUCAACACACCCGUAGAAUGUAGUAACGAGGGUCACCUUGAGCUCCGGCAACGGAGCAGAGGUGAUCCGACCAUGGAAAACGCCCAGAGGGGCCCCCGGCACGGGUUAGACCAGUACCUGUCGAGAUUCGAUGAAGCCAUGAAGCUAAGAAACCAGUUGGUUAGUGAGAAGCCCGGUCAGGAGAAUGGGAAUUCAGCAGAGGAAUUCGAUUCUUUUCGCAUUUUUAGAUUGGUGGGGUGUGCUCUUCUUGCCUUUGGAGUCAGGGCUUUUGUAUGCAAAUACCUGUCCAUUUUUGCACCAUUUCUUACUUUACAACUUGCUUAUAUGGGAUUGUCAAAAUAUUUUCCCAAGGGGGAAAAGAAGAUGAAAACAACAGUGUUGACGGCUGCACUUCUACUGUCUGGAAUCCCCGCUGAAGUUAUCAGUCGGUCCAUGGACACCUACAGCAAAAUGGGCGAUGUCUUCACAGACCUCUGCGUUUACUUUUUCACUUUUAUCUUUUGCCAUGAACUGCUUGUCUUCUGGGGGGUAUGAAGGGCCAAAGUGCCUGUGAAACUCAUUAGAGUAGCUUGCAAAACGUGUUUUCUUGUCCUGUAUUACCGUAGCACCCCUGGGGGACGGACAGGUUUCCCUCUUCGUACAGAAUUCUUCCCAGGGGUUGUAAAUCCACUACUGCGAAAGGAAGAGCAGGGUCUUUGGUCAAAUGUGUUGGGAUUGUGUCCUAGUACCAAUUAUUUCGUUGCUAAGUAUACAAUUUCAGGUGUGGAGGGUAGAGGCUGGGUGUCACUCCCAGAGUUCCCAACUUACUCCCCACUUCCCCCUCGAGUUGUGCUUUUUUUUUUUUUUUUUAAACUGAGAGACCUUUGUAGUGAAUUUAGCGGAACUGCCAGACAUCCGGGUCACCUGCUCCUGGGGACUGCUUCCAGUAUUCGUCUUCUCCUUCUGUACAAUAAAUUAAUCCGUCCUAAAAAUAGAAAG